AUGAAAAGUCCUUGUCCUAACGAGCAAUCUAUUCUGCGCGCUCCCCCUACAGGCGGUCAAGGUCAGUUCCCCAUCACUCAGAACGUGACAGCACUGGAGGGCUCCGCUGCCAAUAUGACCUGUCGGGUGGACUUUAACGACAACACCUCCCUCCAGUGGUCAAAUCCGGCGCAGCAGACGCUCUUUUUCGGCGACAAGAAAGCUCUUCGGGACAACCGGAUCGAGCUGGUGCGAGCGUCGCGGCAGGAGCUGAGCAUCCGCAUCAACGACGUCAGCCUGGCCGACGAGGGCCAAUACACGUGUUCGCUCUUCACCAUGCCCGUCAAGACCACCAAAGCCUUCCUGGCCGUCUUGGGGGUGCCGGAGCGGCCCGAGAUCACGGGCCUGGCCGGUCCGGCCCUGGACGGCGAGGUCAUCGCCCUCACCUGCACCUCGGCGGGCGGCAAGCCGGCCGCUCGCAUACGGUGGUUCCGCAACGACAAGGAGGUUCAAGACCUUAAGUACACUCGGAUCCGCACAAUGGACGUAAGUGCCUCGGGCAAAUCGUGGACGGUGAGGAGCAGCCUCCGCUUCCAGGUAGACCGUUUCGACGACGGCGUGGCCUACACCUGCCUGGUGGAACACGAGUCGCUGGACAACCCCUACAUGACGACUGAAGUCCUGGAGGUCCACUAUGCGCCCUACGUGAAGAUCACGCAUUCCAUGAUCAUCCCCCAGGAAGGCCAGUACUUCAAACUGGAGUGCGUUUCCAGAGGGAACCCAAUACCCGAGCCGGUCCUGUGGACCAAAGACGGCGGCGACCUCCCCGACGCGGAGCGCAUGAUCGUGGAGGGCCAGGAGCUGACCAUCACCACGCUCAACAAGACAGACAACGGCACGUACCGCUGCGAGGCCAGCAACCACCUGGGCACCAGCAGCGCCGACUACGUACUCUUUGUAUACGACCCAAACGCCGUGGGACAGCACGGACCGGACCACGCUGUUAUCGGCGGCGUGGUUGCCGUGGUGGUCUUCAUCACCUUGUGUUUGAUCAUUCUUCUAGGACGUUACUUGGCCAGACAUAAAGGCACGUAUCUCACGCACGAGGCCAAAGGGUCCGAGGACGCCCCCGACGCCGACACGGCCAUCAUCAACGCGGAAGGCAACCACGUACACGCCGAGGAGAAGAAGGAAUACUUCAUUUAA